GGGAGUUGAACUCAGGACCUCUCAGGAGAGCAGUCAAUGGUUUUAACUGCUGAGCCACCUCUCCAGCCCUCAGUUUUACUUUAUAAGGGCCCGAGAAUAUGUUGAAAAAUUACAUUAUUCUACCACUGUGGUAGGGUUUCGUGAUCAAAGGGGGGCCAGCCUUUAGCUGCUUUCACUUUCCCUCUGAACUCUGGACUCCAUCUUUACUCCUUGCUCCUCUCUCUGGUCCAUUAGCGAGACUGAAUACUUGCUAGUACUGGGAGAUAGAAGCCAUAAGAGAGACUGAAUAGCUCAAGCGCUUUAGGUCUUGGACUUCACUUAAACCUACCCAUCCAUCCAUUCUCUGGCCUGAAACAAAGACCACUGAGCUUUGCUUUCAUAACAGUAUGAUCACUAAAGAUCUGAAACGUUUACAGGAACCAUGCGCAAUCUGGUGACCUGUGGACAACAAGGAAGCUACUUUGUGAGAUUUCUGCAAGAAUUAAUGACCUUUCAGGAACGCCAUCUAUAAUACGCUCUUGCCCCUGCCACCUUUGCCAAGAUGUAAUUGGGAGGAAAAAGUCUUCCAUGUUUUUCCAUCUUCGUCGCUUGUUGCCAGUGGAGCUCUUUUCCUGUGAGUGUCUCUACGUUAAAGGCGGCAGCAGAACGAGAUUUGGCGUGGACUCAAAACUACAUCAAAACCUUCAUCACCUCCUCCCGCCAUCUUCCGGAAAUGCAGGUGAGCGCCAAGCUCCAGACCCUGGCCAGCUUUCCCCGCCACGCGGUCGUCAGCUUCGAGACCAGUGGAAACUACAACUCCCAGAAUCCCUCUCGGGGCGGGAGGAAGGCGGGGAGCGUACAAAGCGGCGCUGGAAGCUAGCGGCAGUGAGGCCGUGCUUGAGGAGGUCUUGCAGCUCGGCGUCCCCGCGACCUGAGGCGUCAGCUGCGUGGGCGCUCACGCAGGGCGGAUCGCGUGGCGCAGGGCGAGAGGGAAGUCGUGGCGGCGGCGUCUGGAACAGCAUCGGCUGCGGGAGCGCGGUGCUGACAGGCCGUGGGAGAAAUGGGAGACCCAGGGCCGGAGAUAAUAGAAUCUGUCCCACCAGCUGGGCCCGAGGCAUCAGAGUCAACCACGGAUGAAAACGAAGACGACAUUCAGUUUGUUAGUGAAGGGCCAUUAAGACCCGUUCUUGAAUAUAUUGAUCUAGUCAGCAGUGAUGAUGAAGAGCCUAGUACCUCUCACCGUGAUAGAAUGCCUGAAUCUAAAGUGCCAUCCUCUGAGAAUCAUCGCCCAGAAAUGUGCUCUAGCUGCAGUGUUCCUCUUCCCAUUGGAGACAGCUCCUCCUCCUCUGGGAGCUGUGACAACAGUGCACAAAGGAUAGGUUCUCAACCGUCUUCUGUUGAGAACCCACUGGAGAACCAGAAAGAUGAUCACAGUAAUCCCCAUGUUAGUGUUUCUGAAUCACAAAGUAAUCAGACUCUGCCUUCAGCAUCACUUCUGGUCCCCCAGGAGUCUUUGGCUUUUUCUGAGGUCAAAGAGGAUUUACCUGGCACGAUGUCUUCAGCUUCACAGAGUGGACAGGAUGCCAUCCUGUAUCUCCAGACACAAGUGGCUGAGAUGUCCCGAGUCAUACGUGAUCUGCAGUCCAGGAGUUGUUUUAGAUUUCAUCAUUCUAGGCCAAGUGAGAGCUCGUCAGUUCCUUGGGAUAUCUCCAGCUCUAAGGAGGACAGUUUAUCCACAGUUGAAGAGGAGUCUGACUGCAAAUCUCCAUCAGCUGAUGACAAAGGGCAGCCACCUGACCCCAUGCAGUCUAGUUUCACUGGUCUUUUGAAAAGAAUGGAACAAAGAGGUGUUAUAAAGAGAGUGACGUUCCAGUCUGAAGCCGAAACCUGUGAGGGCAAGCCUGAUUGGAUGACCUCUAAAAAACGCUUGGUUCCUCCACUGCAUCCACUUUUGAGAAUUGCUACCACUGAAGUUUUUAAAGACCCUGCUGAUUGCCAUCCUUCUUCCUUCAUGGGACACAGGGUUUAUCCUGUGGCCAAGGACACAUCUCCUUUCCAGCCAAAUCCACCAGCUGAGGGACCCAUCAUAGAUGUAUUAGAACAUAGCAAAAGAGGAAACACAACAUCUCCUUUAGACUCUACCUCAAAAGAAAUGGAGGUCAUGGGUUGCAGGUUCUACCAUGCUGCUUCCAUUGCAGCUCGGGCUGCUAGCUACAUGGCCUAUAUGACUCAGUAUCAACGUAAACUCUGGGAAGACAUGGAAGAUCUGGUUCACGACCCGGAGUUUGAUCGUGGGAAAGCAAGGUGUAUAAUAUCUGAUGGCAUGGAUGCAGGACUUUGGCAGCUCUGUACCACUAGGGACAUAAUGGACUCUGUAGUCAGAGUUAUGGCCAUGGCAGUAGACUAUAGAAGACAGGCCUGGCUCCGACUAACAUCUCUCACUAAGAAAACCCAGGAGAAGAUCUUACACUUGCCCUUUGAUGGUACAUCUCUUUUUGGACAAGAUGUGAAUGCUAUUGUUGCAGAAGAUAAUAGUAUUAAAGAAAAUGAAUAUAAGGAUCACAAUAAAUACUAUACUCAGCAUCGGUACUUUUAUAGUCAUGAUCAGAAAGCACAUUAUCACAACAGAGGGUACUCCAAAGGGGAUUGGUACAAACCCCGGAAUCACCCCUAUAGAUACAGAAAAAAGGGAGACUCUCCAGAACGACAUGGGUAUAAGAACUAGUACUCUGACUCUGGCUGGUUAGCAGAUUAGCCUUCCCCAGGUUGAAGGUCAUCUCAAAAACAAUGAGUACAUGUCUGGAAUAAUCACAGCUGAUGUUUGAGUUCUAGACUUUUAGAAUGAAGUAUAUAUAAAAAGACUUGAGCUUUAUUGGCCAAAUGGAGACUUUGUUCUAAGGAGUGUUGGAUAGAGGUUUACACAGUAUUUUUGGUCCAAACUAAGUCCAGAGAAGGGUACUCAGGAAUCUUCUGGAAUUAAAAGAAAACACAUAGAUUCAUGCCUCAGGAAAAUCUUGUUGGUAAACUGAGGACUAGCAGAGUUUUGGAUCUGGAAACAAUUUGCUACUAGAUCAGUGUUUACUAAGACUGAAGUGUAAAACCUUCAUUUUAGGUCAUCAUUGCUUCUGGAACUUCAGGCUUCAGUUUGAUGGGUCAUCAAAAAAAUACUAGAUCUGUUACAUAUAGUCCCUAUGUUAAAAUGAUCAGCUCUCCAUAGUCCAUACUAUUAUCAAGCUCUGUGAGACUUCAGAAUUAGCUUUGAAGCUAUGUGUCUGCUGGAAUUCAUUAAAAAUUUUGCAAAAUCCAUACUUAUAACUGGGGUGACUAAACGUCACAGGUCUACUUUUGGACUCAAUAUGGAAAAAAAUACCUGUAACAUCACUGUAGAAAAGAGAAACUGUCUUCAUCCUGACUGUGAUGGGCUACCACACCAUUACUACUCAAACUGCUGCUGCAUGUGAGAUAGUUGUCAUCUCAGUUCUACUAGGCUUUGGCUUACCAAGCUCUCAUGAACCACAUGAGACUCAGGCAUACAAGUCUCUCUAAUGUGGGCCUUUCAAUGAGAUGGCCUUCUUAAACCUGUCUUCUAAGCAGUUGGUUCUUUUGAGCUUGAUAGUGCAUUAUAUUCUCACAAUAGACAAGUGCAUCAUCGUGGCCCUGGGAAUACAGGAUAUUAUUUCUAUCAUCCAGGCAUGCAAAUGUGAACUCUUUAAGAGCAAGAAUUUCAAACAUGCCUGACAAUCUGAUCUCUCUUGAAAUAAAGAGGGAUGCCAUUAGUCUAGACUUCAUUGUGAAAUCCUGGAGAUAUAAAGUGUGACUGGGUGUUUUCAAGAUACACAGCUGUUUCUGGAUAUCUAGAUAAUAAUACUUUUUUAUUGAGUUCUUAAAAGGCUGGAAUCAAGACUUCAGUGACAUGUUCUUGGUUAAGUGGUUAAUUUGUCAUGUAAUCUAAUUGGACUCUCUCUGAAAUGACUUAACAUUUUGCUCCCAAUAAUUACUCCACCUUUUUGGAGCUGGCAGCAGAUACCUCAGUUAUAUUAAUGUCCCACAGUAUCAUCUCUUUAAUCUCAAGGCAAUGGCUGUAUGAUACACCAGCCCCUAUGUCCCUUUCUUCACAGCAUGACUUAAAGUAGAGAAAAUGUCAAAUUUGAGGGGGUCUGAACACUUAACCUAAUGUAACUUGGCAGCCAAAAAAUAAUUUUUUCACAGGUGUUAGUUCUGUGACCUCUUGGUCACAAAUUGGCCAAACAUCUGCUUUUUCUUAAUUUUUAAUCUGCUUGAUGAAAAUGUUUUAGGUAUACUAUUAGUGGAAUAUAACGCUGUCUUAAGAGUUUGUGUGGGUUCUGUUUAUCAUAGUGGCUGACCUUUUCUGUGCUGCUCAUGCUUUGUAACUCAUUAGAAGACUCUUCCUACUUUCAUACCCAUAUUCAGCAGCCUACUUACAUUGCUUCUUUUUUGUUUUUGAGACAGGGUCUCACCACAUGUACGGAGCAGGCCCGGAACUUGAUAAGUAGAUCAGGCUGGCCUUGAACCAUAGAACCAUAGGCUUGUCUCUGUCUGCCUCCUGAGUGCUGGAAGUAAAGGCGUGUGCUACUAGGCCAGGCUGCUGCUUUUCAUUUGUGCGGUAUAGAUUGAAGGCACGAGUUUCCCUCCUUGGAAGAUGUUACUUUGUCAGAUAGUCUUAGGGUCUGUAUUAGUCCUGUUUGUUUUAUUUGUAGACCAAACCUGAGCUAGUUUGUCAAGAUUGAUUACCAAAUUAACUGAAUUGUAUCUAGAGUUAAUAUUUACUUAAUAAGUUAAUAUUGUCCACAAAUUUUUACUUUUUCUUAGGUUCCUAUCAGGGGUCUCUAAAAUGUCUCUCAGACAAACUCCAGAAAAAACAGACUUUUGUAGCUUGUAUUCAAUACUAUACAAAGGGGUAGACUUUAGCCCAUAACUGUAGCAGUGCAGGUUUCCUCUGAGAAAGGGGUAGCCACCCAGACUUUACUGGGGCAAGUUUGCACAUGGCUUUGUGCAGCAUUGGGGCUGCUUCAGCUUAUUCGUUCUUUCCUAUCUUGCCUGGAAUUACAUGCUACAUAUCACAUGUGAUUUAUGAGAUACUCUUGUUGUUUAAAAACAAAACAAAAUAAACAAUGCUUAGAGAUGUGUUCUCUGAGACUGUUUUGGCAUGCCCACCUAAUUUAUUUGUACCAAUCCCCCGCUUUAUAGUAAACGGCAACAAAAAGCACAUAAAAUUUAGCACUUUAAUAAAUUUGACAUUAUUGUACAGCUCUUAAGUAUUUUCAAGACAGCACUACUUUCAUCUUAGAUGUUUAUGUCGUUUAUUAGUGAAGUAAAAGUAACAUUGCUUGACCACUAAUUGAUAAGCCCAAGCAACUCCAAAGAAUCACGUUUUUUCUGAAAGUGAAAAAUGUCAGGAAAUCACCAAAUUGGUGAUUGGUCAGACAACCUAAUAGAAGUGCUUGGCAGCUGAGUUGGUGUGGACAGUGUGGUAGUGUAGGAAUGCUCAGCUCUAGUUGACUCAGUAAUAUUCCAGUAUCCUUCACCUGUUUUUCUCUUUAAGCUGGCAUACUUGAAUGAUGAUGGUGUAAAGGUAAAAGUUGGUACUUGGUCUAGUGAGACACCCCAGUAGACACCCCAGUAGAAGAUAGCAUUGAGAUUUACCCAGAUGGAUAUUUAGAUUGUGUCUGCCACGUGCAGAGCCUGCAUCAGAAUUCCUGUUAGGUUGACUUGAGUGAGACUACCACUUGCUUUUCUAGAUAUCUUGAAGAGUUAAUUUAAUGAUUUGGUUUUUCCUUUCAUUCAAAAUGUCAUUUCUUGACUAGAUAUAAGAUGUAUUUGGAAACUAUAACUUUUUUGUAGUUAUUAUAUAUAGAUAAAUACUAUUUCCGUUUAUUGUUAUAUAAAGUGCCUUUUUAAAUUUUAUUAUGUUUAAGACCUGACCUUUGAUGUGGUAUUUAUGUGACUUCUGUACAGUGAUUUACUCUUAGUUUAUUAUCUUUAUUAUCUGUACAAUUGCACUAUUUAAAUGUAUUCCUUCUGAAUGCUAAUUUGUUUUCUUUAUAACACUGUUACUAAUUUCAGAAGGUUAUAGAAUAAAUUUCCCUCUUAACAUCACAGAAGUUUUUUUAGGUUUUAGUGGUUGGUUCUGUUUUCUAGACAUAAAAGUAGCUCUUUUUUUCUUGGCAUGUUCUAGAGAGUCAUCUGUCUUGUAUCUAACCUUGUUCAUAGCCAUAGCAACACUACUUAUAUCUGCUAAAUGGAUGUGCUUCCUGGGACAGAAGAAGCAAGGGCAUAAUAAAACAGUGAAGUUGGUGGCACUAUAUAUUUAUAAAUAGUAGUCUGUGGCAGCUUCCUUCUCAGUAUAAUUACUUUUUUUUUUCCUUUUUAAACUGGCAGCUUCUUUAUCAGUAUAAUUGCUUUUAUUUACUUAGCCUUCAAAAUGCCAUUUUGAGGGCAGCAUAUACUCUUUCAGGCUACUUUACUGCUUUAUACCUAAGUGACCUGAUUGUAGUGUCCUUAAGGGCCUGAUACAUCCAGGAUAUAUACCUCUCAGGUAUUUUAAGUAAGGAGGUUGAAAAGACAGAGUCCAGAAUUCCCUCUUGCUAUAGAAUUGGAUACCUAUAAGGGUGAACAUAGAGGUUAGCAGCACAUUCAUUGAUCUGGUAUUUAAUUGGGAUUCUGCUGAAGGCUUGAAAUUAUGGGUUAGAUCUCUUUAGAAGUAGAAGAUUGCAAUAACAAAAACCUUUUUCUUUAAUGUGAGGCAUAUUUUGCCCCAGUCUUGCACUGUCUAGUUCCUGUUUUUUGAAACUUACCCUUAUGUACUUAAUGUUGGUGGCUAGACCGAUACCUGAUUGUCACUGUGGGUAUAUCUUAUGCAUGUCAUUCAAUUGGUCAGAUUGGUUCUGUAUGGUUUUUAGUGGACUUACAAACUAGUCAGUUCUUUUCACUUAAAUUUUAAAGGAAGAAGUUAUCCUUAAGUAAAUGUUGAUUACUGUAUUGAAUGCAAAUCUUUCUUUUCGUAUUUAACAAGUUUUAUAAACCAUUAAAAUGUAUGGAGUUUCCCUUUCUGAAUGAUUUUUGAGAAUGCUGUUUUAUUAAAUCCUUUUUCUCUUAUUACUGGAGUCCUAUUUUUGUACUCCUGUGUCAUUAUUUAUUUUACUUUAUUAUAAUGCACUUUUGUAACGUGUGGAACAUUGAGAUCUCACUACUGGAGCUUGUGUUCAUUUUCUGUAGACUAUAGAGGUGGUCUCUUCAGUUGUGUCUUGAGUAGGGUUUUAUGUAGCUGCUCAAGCUGCCCCAAACAUGGUUUUCAUGGCUCCUCCUGGGUCCAGGAACUUCAGGGGUGUGGCACCCUGCUGGACUUUUAGUCCUGUCCUCUUGGUGAGGGUUUGUGACUUUGAUCUGUUUUUCCCAAGAACCUCUUUCCAAAAGAAAGUCUGAUUUUUCCCUUAAUCUCAUUGAUGUUGAUCUUUUAAAUUCUACCAUUAUGUACUUAACAGAAAUGUUAUGCGUGUGUGUUGUGUGGGGGGGGUAUAUAUGUCUGCGUAUAGUGUGUGUACAUAGCAUGUGGAGACCAGAGGUUAAUGUCAGGUGAUUUCUUUAUAUACUUGGCACGUUUUUUGUUUGUUUGUUUGUUUGUUUAAGACAGGGUCUUUUACUGAACAAUGAGUUCACAGGGUUGGUGGCUAGACUGGUUAGCCAGGGAGAUCCAGGAAUUUCCUACCCAACUCCCAUCGUACUGGAUUACAGAUCAUUCUGCUGGGCCCAUAUUUUACUUGGGUAUUGCAGUACCUGGGUCCUCAUACUUAUGUGGCAAGCACUUUAUUGAGCCAUUUGCCCACCUCUUCCUUGCUUGCUUGUUCAAGUUUCUCUCUUCCCCCUCUCCCUCUUUCCCUCAUCACCCCCUCUGUCUCUUCUCUUCCCCAACCACCCCACCAAUCCUAUUUCACGUUCCUAAAUGCUGGAAUUUCAAGUGUGAGCCACUAUAUCCUACUAGCUAAGCCUUUGAUAUGAAUUUGUAUAUUUAAAUGUCAUUUAAUUUGUAUGUGUAGUAGUCAUAAGCAUUUGUGAUAAGAAUGUCUUUAGUUUUCCCUAAAAUCCUUAAAAAUAUACAGGGGCUAGGAAUAUUGCUCAGAGGAGAUAGUGCUUUUGCCUAAUGUGCAGAAAGCCUUGGGCCCAGGCAUAACCAGUAAUGGCGAUCUAUGUCUCUAAACCCAGCACUUAGGAUGUAGGUACAGGAGGACCAGAAGUUCAAGGUCAUCCUUAGCUUUAUAUCAAAUUCAUGGUUCUCAUGGUCUAUAUGAGACGUUGACUCAAAAAGGAAACUAAAAAUCAUAUAGCCAGUCCAGUCUCAGAAGUGAUCCCUGAGUAUUGAAUUUUAAUUAUUUUUAAUAUCUCAUUUAAUGGCAGUUUCUUAGUUCAAAUGUAUUUUUUUUUCAUUUAUUCUCUGUUGUCACUGCUGUUGGAUUUGUCUUUUGAUACAGUGUCUCUGUAGUCUAGGUCCGCUCUGAAUUCAAGACAAGUCCACUUCACUUUCCCAAGUCCUGGGGUUAAAGGAGUGAGCCAUUGUGUAGUCUUCACAGAUGUAUCCUGUAUAUACUAAUAUGGUUGAAUUUAGUAUCAUAAAGUUAAUUUAUAGUAUUGGUCUGCUAUUUUGCUUUUUAAAGUUAACCAAUCUUUGGGUUUUAAGGGCUUUACUAGUUUGUUUGUUUGUUUGUUUGUUUUGAGGGAGCUAUUGCAGGUGGUGUAUUAGGUGUUUUGAGGUCAGAGUUCUUGGGGUUCUCUUAGAACUUUGAAGACCUCAGGUUUUGUUUUCCAGUAUCAUAGUGUGUCUGAUAUCCUUGACUUCUCUCUUUGGUAUAAAUAAAAAUAAAUGUAUAUUUGG